UCUACCAUUUUCCGUUCACCAAUGUGACUCUGUCGACGAAGCCUCCACCAAAAGCAUCUUCCUCCCUCCUCCCACCUUCAAUGGCCGCCUCCCCUUCCCCCGUCCGCCGUUCUUCGAGAGAGAUACGAUAAACCCAAUUCCCGGACCGCUCGUCCGAUUCGUGGGUACCUUUCCUUUUCGCCUCUCGCUUUCUCUUUUCGGUGUGGUGGUGGUGGUGGGUUGGGGGGUUGUCGGAGCCUUUUUGUUGCCUUGGGGGGGUGUGUGUGUGCUCUUCCUGGUGAUGUUUAGAGAUGGCCCGGGAAGGGACCGUGGUGCCGGCGGACCCGCAGCAGGCGGUGAAGAAGAAGGGCCAGUCGUCGCGGAGCUGGAUCCUCCUCGACACGGCGGGGCGCGGGACGGUGCUGGACGUCGACAAGUACGCGAUCAUGCACCGCGUGCAGAUCCACGCGCGGGACCUGCGCAUCCUCGACCCGCUCUUGUCCUACCCCUCCACCAUCCUUGGCCGUGAGAGGGCCAUCGUUCUCAAUUUGGAGCAUAUCAAGGCAAUUAUCACUGCUGAAGAGGUGUUGCUUCGAGACCCAUCAGAUAUAAAUGUUAUACCAGUUGUUGAGGAGCUCCAACGGCGAUUAGCUGUAAAUGCCAUAUGCCAGGGUCAAGACGAUGCAAAAGAGUACUCUCAUGGACAUAAUGAUGAAGCUGGGGAAGAUGAUGAGUCUCCAUUUGAAUUUCGUGCCUUGGAGGUAGCUUUGGAAGCAAUUUGUAGCUUUCUUGCAGCACGUACUACUGAAUUGGAGACUGCUGCUUAUCCUGCUUUAGAUGAGCUCACCUCAAAAAUCAGCAGCCGUAACUUGGAUAGGGUUCGUAAAUUGAAGAGUGCGAUGACAAGGCUAACAGCAAGGGUGCAAAAGGUAAGGGAUGAGCUUGAGCAACUACUAGAUGAUGAUGAUGAUAUGGCUGACUUGUAUUUGUCAAGAAAACAAGUUGGUGCAUCUUCCCCUUUAAGUGGUUCAGGAGCCCAAAAUUGGUAUCCUGCUUCCCCUACCAUUGGCUCGAAGAUAUCUCGAGCCAGUAGGGCGAGUGUGGCAACAGUUCGUGGAGACGAAGAUGAUGUUGAGGAGUUGGAAAUGUUACUUGAGGCUUACUUUAUGCAAAUUGAUGGCACAUUGAACAAGCUGACAACACUUCGGGAAUAUAUCGAUGACACAGAGGACUACAUUAACAUUCAGCUUGAUAAUCACCGGAAUCAGCUAAUUCAGCUAGAGCUCUUCCUGAGUUCAGGAACUGUUUGUUUGUCCAUCUAUUCUUUGGUUGCUGGCAUUUUUGGUAUGAACAUACCUUAUAAUUGGAACGAUAACCAUGGAUACAUGUUCAAAUGGGUCGUGAUUGUGACUGGAACCAUUUGCGCAUUCUUAUUCGUCAUUAUAAUGGCAUAUGCUCGUCAUAAGGGAUUGGUCGGAUCUUGACUUUGCAUCUCUCGAGCUGGCCUUUGGGACAACUAAAUGGCAGGGCCACGAGGAUGGAGUAUGUUUUGAUUCAGAGAGCUGAAAAUUGUUAUACUCGUGUUGCUGAGAUUGUUGGUACACUCUUAUUUCCCAUUUUAGUUGAUAAACCAUAGAAGGAAAAAUCCCUCAGGACAGCAUUCAUUAGCAGCAAUUGUGGAUAAAGCUUAUAGGGAAUCAUUUUUUUCCCCCUUCUUUACAUAAAUUUUCUUGAUUUCACACAGAAUGAUUGGUUGUACCACAAACUUGUUACACACGAUAGUUGUGACUAACCGUCGAAUAAUCGGUACUUACAUAGUACGUAAUUCUUAGUAGAUUGCUAAUGUUGUUCCCUUUUGGAGGUGAAUUUGCGUAGUGUGUCGGACCAUCUUGCUCAAUCUAUUCAAAGCCUUAUGAUACAA